AUGAUUUUGCUCCACUUAUUCUUGGUGGCAAUUACUAUUUCUACUUCUUUUACAAUUGAAGUGAACCCUAAAAUAUUUAUUAACAAUGCAGAGUGCUUAGUAGACUUAAGCACCCAACUAGUUAAAGGAGAAUGUCGUCUAUCUUUGGAAAAUAAUGAUGACAAACCUGUAAACUCUGUUUUGUAUGCAUUUGAACCUUCAAUUAAAAGUCACAUUUCAUAUAUUUCUGCUCAUCAAGUAUUUGAAUCUAAUCGCUUGAGUUUAAAUGUUAAACCAGUGACAUUAUCUGGCCAUGAAGAUAAGCAGUUUUAUCAAAUCGAUUUUAAUGUAUCUCGGCCAUUGCGAUCAAAAGGUCGAGCACCACUUGUGGUUGAAUAUGUUUUGAUUAAUGCUUUGUAUCCUCAUCCUGAAGAAAUAACUCAAAAAGAUAGACAGUUGAUGAUGUUUUAUGGAAAUGCUUAUUUGUAUUCACCAUACAAAAGUCUUAAAUCUUCUGUUAAAUUCCAAACUGGAACAAGACGGGUAGAAGAUUACACCAAUAUCAGCCCGGUAUCAUUUUUGAGCUCUGGAGAUGUUGUUUAUGGGCCCUUUGGUUCAUUAGAACCAUUUGCAUAUUCUCAAAUCAGUUUACAUUAUGAUAAUAAUACUCCAUUUUUAAAAGCUACAAAAUUAACAAGAUCUAUUGAAUUAUCCCACUGGGGAAAUGUUGCUGUUACUGAUGUCAUUGACCUUGUUCAUCAUGGUGCUAAAUUAAAAGGUUCAUUUUCUCGUUAUGAUUAUCAACGUGAAACUAACAGUGGAAUAUCUAGUGUAAAAUCAUUCAAAAUGUAUCUUCCAGCUUCAGCAACUAGUGUUUAUUAUAGAGAUGUCAUUGGUAACAUAUCUACAUCAAAUCAAAGAACACUUUUAGACUCCGUUGAGUUAGAUAUUCGUCCAAGAUUCCCUCUAUUUGGUGGUUGGAAAACUCAUUAUACAAUUGGUUAUAAUGUACCAGCUUACGAAUAUCUUUACAACAACGGUGAAGAUUAUUUUUUGAAGAUGCGUCUAAUUGAUCAUUUAUAUGAUAAUAUGAUAAUCGAAGAUGUAACAGUACGCAUUAUUCUUCCUGAAGGAUCAGUAGACUUAGAUCUAAAAACAACCCAUCCAAUUGUACGUUUACCAGAUGGCUUACACUAUACAUACUUAGAUACCAUAGGCAGACCAAUUAUAAAAUUACAAAUGUCAAAUGUUGUAGAAAGUCACAUUAGUGAUUUUGAACUAAAAUACAAAUUCCCAAAAGCCUUUAUGUUCCAUGAACCAUUGAUUGUAAUUGUUGCUAUUUACAUUUUGUUUUUGACUGUAAUUAUUUGGGUUCGUUUGGACUUUUCAAUAGCCAAGGAUGGACAUAGUGAAACGCGCCAACGUAUAUCUGGAAUAACAAGUGCAAUUAUACAUCAUUUUGAACGUAGGGCUUCCAUUUAUAGCUCUUGGGAUGAGGCUUUGAAUAAAUUGAAACAUUCCAAAGACAUUGGUACAUAUAAUACUGCAUCAAAACAAAUUCAGACUGAUUAUAAAAAUGAAUCGACUAGCAUCAAUGAAUUAGCUACUAAGUUAAAAACCGAAUCAAUAGAACUAUCAGAUAAAUUGAAUGAGGUACAAAAGGCAGAAAAAAAUUUAAAAGAACUUUUUGGACAGACACAAUCCUUAUACACUGAUAAACUUAUAACGGGUAAGGUUGGAAGAAAUCAGUUUGUUGAAUUGGAUAGCGGUCUCAAAAGGAAAAAAGACGAAUGCCAAGAAAAAAUCAAUCAAUUGUUAAAAUCAUUAAAUUAGUCGUGUUUAUGCAUAUUUCAACUCAUCGUCAAGUCAUAAAAAUGUCUUUUCAUAAAUCUCUAAAAGCUGGGUUUAUGUAAUUAUCAUCACUGUCAAAAAUGCGUAUUAUAUUUCUUGCUGCACAUUUGUUUUUCAUAUUAAAUUGAUUUUAAAAUUAUAUCUACUUAAAAUACAAAAUCAACAUGUUUUAUUUAUCUAUACUAAAAUGAAUUUGAAUUAUAAAAUAUAACAUGCAGUAAUAGUGUAAUAUAUAUUAUUAUUUAUGUACAAUUAUAAUUUUGGAUUUUAUAAUUAAAUUUUGUUCAAUAAAUAGUGUUUGUUUAAUAAAUUGUAAUGUUCAAUAUAAAUACUUAAAGAGUAAUAAGUAGGAUUUUUCUCCUGUUGACUGAUUAUUUGCUUAUAUUCUUUUUAAUCGUUCUAGAAUGAUAAAUUACGUAUUAGUAAAUAAAAUUAUAUCCAACAUAUUUAGAGUGUUAACAUUUCCAUAAAUAUUAAAUAAAAAUUAAGAUUUUUCGACUUGUAGUUCUUUUAGUUGUCAUUAAAAUCAUAAGUGUUUAAGCCACUGUACUAUUAUUAUAAUUUUUUUUUUAAUAGAUUAAUAAUUGUCUUUUUA